ACCACCGCGGCUCUUCUCUCGCCGCUCUUCGGUGCCGUUCCGAGGCCGCGGGGACGGAGCGGAGCGGGCGCGGGGUGGUACGUGCCGCUCCCCGUGACGCCGGCUGUGGGCGGGGCCAGGCUCGCCGCCUCUUCCUCUCCGCCCGGCCGCCGCCAUGAGUAUGCUCCGGCUCCAGAAGAGGCUGGCCUCCAGCGUUCUGCGCUGUGGCAAAAAGAAAGUCUGGCUGGAUCCCAACGAAACCAAUGAGAUCGCCAACGCUAACUCGCGUCAGCAGAUCAGGAAAUUGAUUAAGGAUGGUCUGAUCAUCCGCAAACCCGUGACCGUUCACUCUCGUGCCCGAUGCAGGAAGAACACCUUGGCCCGCCGGAAGGGCAGGCACAUGGGCAUCGGUAAGAGAAAGGGUACAGCUAAUGCUCGUAUGCCCGAGAAGGUGACGUGGAUGAGGAGGAUGCGAAUUCUGAGGCGCCUGCUCCGCAGAUACAGGGAGUCCAAGAAGAUUGACCGCCAUAUGUAUCACAGCCUGUACUUGAAGGUCAAGGGUAACGUGUUCAAGAACAAGCGGAUCCUGAUGGAGCACAUCCACAAGCUCAAGGCAGAUAAAGCUCGCAAGAAGCUCUUGGCUGACCAGGCCGAAGCUCGCAGGUCCAAGACCAAGGAGGCUCGUAAGCGCCGUGAGGAACGCCUGCAAGCCAAGAAGGAGGAGAUCAUUAAGACCCUCUCCAAGGAGGAGGAGACCAAGAAGUAAACGCUGGCUGUCUUGUGUACAUAGUGUUUUCCAUCCACAACUGUUCAGUAAAACACCACAUGCGGGACUCCUCCUA